GCUGUCCCACUGAAUGCUGGCCCUUCAGGCUGAAAAAUCGUGGAUAGUAUUGAGCUGUAGAGCUGGCAUCCCACAUAUACACUGUGAUACCAGACAGGUGUCUUCCUGGGUUUGUCUCUUCCCUGAUCCAUCUGAAGUCCUGUGGUAUAACAGGACACUGUGGACAGAAUGUUGAACCUAAAGGAUCUGUGUAGCGGUCUGCCCCUGGACCCCAUGCCUCCCAACCGGGGCCGGGACCCAAGUAUGCCGCAUGCACCCGUCAGGACGCCCAUCCUCACUCCAGAAGAGGAGAGGUUGGCUCUGAGGAAUUCCCUGCGCUACUUCCCCCCCACCCACCAUAACCACCUGGCUUCUGAGUUUGCCCAGGAGCUCAGGCAGUAUGGACAUAUCUACAUGUAUCGCUUCUGCCCACCCGUACACAUGAGGGCCUACCCUAUAGAUCAGUAUCCGUGUCGUACACCUCAAGCUGCCUCCAUCAUGCUCAUGAUCAUGAACAACCUGGACCCUGCUGUAGCUCAGUUUCCCCAGGAGCUGGUUACUUAUGGGGGAAAUGGACAGGUGUUCAGCAACUGGGCUCAGUUCCGUCUGGUGAUGUACUACCUGAGUGAGAUGACAGAGGAGCAGACUCUGGUCAUGUAUAGCGGUCAUCCAGCAGGCCUGUUCCCCAGCCUGCCCUCGUCCCCCCGCGCCAUUAUCACCAACGGCAUGGUCAUUCCAAACUAUUCAUCCAGAGAGCAGUAUGAGAAGAUGUUUGCUUUGGGCGUAUCAAUGUAUGGACAGAUGACUGCUGGUAGUUAUUGCUACAUUGGGCCUCAGGGAAUAGUACAUGGCACCAUGCUGACAGUGCUGAAUGCAGGGAGGAGGUACCUGGGGUCAGAUGACCUGAGGGGCAGGGUGUUGGUGACAUCCGGGCUGGGGGGCAUGAGCGGGGCGCAGGCCAAGGCCGCUGUAAUCGCUGGAUGUGUUGGGGUCAUUGCCGAGGUGGAUGCGACUCCCCUUAGAAAGCGACAUGAGCAGGGCUGGUUAAUGGAGGUCACCAGUGACAUAGAACAUUGCAUCCGACGCAUUAGAGAGGCCAAGAGAUCCAAGACCCCCCUCAGCUUGGGUUACCACGGCAAUGUUGUGGACCUAUGGGAGCGUCUGCUUAAGGAGUAUGAGAUGACAGAUGAGCUUCUGGUGGACCUGGGCUCAGACCAGACCUCCCUCCAUAACCCCUUCAGCGGGGGAUACUACCCGGUCCAGCUCAGCUUCCAACAGGCCAACCAGCUCAUGGCCACAGACCCAGCACACUUCAAAACCAUGGUCCAUGAGAGCCUCUGUAGACAGGUAGCUGCCAUCAACAAGCUGUCUGAGGCAGGGAUGUUCUUCUGGGACUAUGGCAACGCCUUCCUCCUGGAAGCCCAGAGGGCAGGAGCUGCGGUACAGAAGGAGGGAGGUGGAGCCACUGAGUUCCGCUAUCCAUCGUACGUCCAGCACAUCAUGGGAGACAUCUUCUCUCUGGGUUUUGGACCGUUCCGCUGGGUCUGCACCUCUGGUGACUCCCGUGACCUGGCACUCACUGAUGACAUCGCCGCCACCGUCCUGGAGGAGAUCAGUGCCAACGUGACUGAGCGUGUGCAACAGCAGUACAAUGACAACAUCCGCUGGAUUCGUGAGGCUGGAAAACACAGCAUGGUCGUGGGCUCCCAAGCCAGAAUCCUCUACUCAGACCAGAAAGGACGUGUGUGUAUUGCCCUGGCUAUAAAUAAAGCUAUUGCUGAUGGAAGAGUUUCAGCUCCUGUGGUCAUCAGCAGAGACCACCAUGACGUUAGUGGAACCGACAGUCCCUUCAGGGAGACCUCCAACGUGUAUGACGGUUCUGCCUUCUGUGCAGACAUGGCGGUCCAGAACUUUGUCGGUGAUGCUUUUAGAGGGGCCACCUGGGUGUCCCUUCACAAUGGCGGAGGGGUUGGCUGGGGUGAGGUGAUAAAUGGGGGGUUUGGUCUGCUUCUGGAUGGGUCAGAGGAGGCAGCAAAAAGAGCAAGUCUGAUGCUCAACUGGGAUGUCUCUAAUGGGGUGGCUCGUCGAUGCUGGUCGGGGAACUCCAAUGCCUAUGAGACAAUCCAAAGGACAAUGAAAGAGCAGAGGCAGCUACGAGUCACCAUGCCCUUCCCUGUCCAGGAUGAACAUGUGUUGGAUAGGGCCCUGCAGGGCUAGACACAACACAGUCCGUUUAUGUCAAUCAGCUGUCACAGAAAGAAGCAUGCAAAACACUAUUUACAGUUGACUUACUGUGUUAAUCCAAAUUACCAUUUACUGUGUUUUUCCUGAAAUAACAGCACAACUUAAAUUAUCCCUUUCAAUAUAUACUGUAUGUGAUCUCCUCUAUAUCCAAAAUUGCAUGUCAUCAAUGGAAAACUAAUGUUCUUGGAUAUACAACCCUGUUUCCAAAAAAGUUGGGACGCUGCGUAAAAUGUUAAUGAAAACAGAAUGCAAUGAUGUGCAAAUCAUUUAAAAGUUAAUUCUAUACAAAAUAGCCCAAAGACAACAUAUCAAAUGUUGAAACUGAGACAUUUUAUGGUGUCUUGAAAAAUAUAGUCCCACUUUGAAUUUGAUGACAGUAACAGGUUUCAAAUAAGUUGGGAAAGAGGCAACAAAACACUGAAAAAGUUGUGUAAUGCUAAUAAACUAAACCUGGUGUAUACUAAACCUAUAGUAAAAGAGUCCCGGUGCUAAACUGGCCGGUAUGCAGUUCAGACCUGUCACCCAUUGAAAACAUUUGGUGCAUUAUGAAACUAUAAAAUAUAAAGGAGACUCCCAACUGUUGAGCAUGCCUCUCUCCCAACUUUUUUUAUAAUGUGUUGCUGACAUCAAAUUCAAAAUGGGCAUGUAUUUUCCCAAAAACAAUAAUA